UCACACACACAGACAUACACACUGACACUCUGCACAUUCCUCUGUAGGUGCGGCGGACUUUCCCGAGCUGCAGGUUGUUUCGUGUGGACUUAAAAAAAAACUUAAAGAAGUGAUUCAACUCAGUGUCAGUGGGUUAAUGAAGCUGUUAAUGCUUUAGCGUUAGGAGCAACUAGCUGUUAGCCACAGGUGCGGUGGGAAAUGGACCGCGAGACGAAAUCAGUGCUGGUUUUCAGGGAGUGUGACGGACUGGUUUGAGUGUCAUCUCAGUGGUUUUGUGGCCAUGGCGGGUUGUUGGCAGGUGUGUCGCCGCACCUGUCUGUGUUGUCUGUCCGAAGAUGAGAAAAGGAGCAUCGCUGUGGACAAAGAAAUCCAGAGGAUCCUCAAACAGCAGAAAAAGAAGGAGAAAAGGGAAAUUAAAAUCCUCCUAUUGGGAACUGGGGAAAGUGGUAAAACCACCUUCAUCCGUCAGAUGAGGAUUAUCCAUGGACGGGGCUUCUCAGAGGAGGAGAGGAGGGCCUUUGCCAAAUGCAUCUUCCAGAACAUUUUUACAGCCAUGAAGGCCAUGACAGGAGCCAUGACAACACUCAAAAUCCCCUACUCUAACCCAGAGAACGAGAUCUAUGCCAAGUGGGUGCAGGAUGUAAACACAGUUCAGGUCACCCAGCUGGAUCGGGGCUACGUCGACGCAAUCCGCCGUCUCUGGGCAGACUCGGGCAUCCGGGUCUGUUAUAGCCGCCGCUGUGAGUACCAGCUCCUGGACUCCACAGAAUACUACAUGAGUAACCUGGACCGCAUCUCUGCCCCAGAGUACAUCCCCACAGAGCAGGACGUGCUGCGAGUUCGAUUCCCCACAACGGGCAUCCAUGACUAUUCUUUCACCAUAAAAAACAUCACACUAAGGAUUGUUGAUGUUGGUGGCCAGAAAUCAGAGCGUCGGAAGUGGAUUCACUGCUUUGAAAACGUCACCUCUCUCAUCUUUCUGGCGUCCCUUAGUGAGUACGACCAGACCCUGGAGGAGAGAGAAACCAUUAACCGCAUGCAUGAGAGUCUGGCUUUGUUCUACACUACCAUCCAUUCUCCAUGGUUCCAUAGCACCUCCAUCAUCCUCUUCCUCAACAAGACUGACAUCCUAUCUGACAAAAUACAGACCUCUGACCUGCAGAAAUACUUCCCCAGCUUCAAUGGUAAGAGAAAAGAUCCAGAGGACGCAAAGAACUACAUCCGUAAACUGUAUGAGCAGCAGGCCGUCAACCGGGACAAUAGGGAGGAAUGGAAGACUCUGUACCCACACUUCACCUGUGCCACAGACACCAGCAACAUCCGCAGGGUGUUCAGCGACAUCAAGGACACAGUGCUGAUCAAGUCUCUCAGGGACUACGGAGUCAUCUGAACUUUGACUCAGCAGCUACACACAGACUAAAGCAGUGUUUUGUUCUGUUUGAACUUCUCACUGGAAUAAGAGAAGCUCUGGUGAAAUCUGUCACCUUUUUUUGCUUGUGAGGAAUGUGAGGUUAAUGAUCGGACCACUCUUCAUGCUUCUCCUCCUCAUCAUCAUCAUGUCCCUCAUCAGGUGUAAAUGAGGAAGUAGACAGUGAGAAAAAGGACAAACUUGCGUUCUUCCCUUUAUUACAGUCACUUUCUGUCCUCAUUUUUCCUCAAAUAAAAACAUGAGGUAUUGAGAGGUGCACCAAGACUGAGUGACUGAUCUACUGUGCUGCCAUUGACGGAGUCAUGCUUGGAUACUCCAGCCUGCCACACUCACAUUUAAUAUACUUAACUUAAACCCCCCAGUAAAAUUAAGGUGUAGGGGAUUUCCACACAGCAAGCAUGCAAACAAAAAUGCAGCAUAAAUGGUAACAGAUGAGUUACAAAAUACGGCUACUUUUUCCCUAUAACACCACAAAUUGUAGGAUAAUGUGUCUUUAUUUGAUGUCACCACAGAGAAAUACGGAUAUAAAGCAGCUGCUAACACUAGCAACAUUUCUUACACAUUAUCUAUAUUCGACACAUUGAUUUUACCUAAUCAAUAACAUGCAGUCAUAUCUGGUAAUAGACUUCUAAGAAGCUCCUCUUAUGGUGCAUAGUUUUUUAAUGUAGAAACCUGUGUGUUUAAACAAUUAAUAUUUAUAUUUUUCAAUAUGAAUGCAUAUUUCCUGCCAUGAUCAAGGAUUUUACAAAACACAAUUUCAUCUAUUUUUCUACAUUCAAUUUUUAUUUUACUUAUUGAAUCAUAGAUCUGAAUCAAAAGGUAUUGUAAUUGUAAGGACAAGCUGCUCAGCACUGAAUAAGGUAUGAAUUUAUAGGUUUGUGAAUAGUUGUUGGCAUAUAAUUGUUUUUUUUGCUUAACACUCUCAUUCCUGAAGUGCCACACUGGUGUUCUCAUUUCUGACCCAAAGUUUUAAAUAUGACUUUGGUGGAUGCACAAAAAGGACCGAGUCCUGACAAUCAGGUCCUUUAAAAACUGAAGCUGCCCAAAAAGAUAAAAAUAAGCAUGUGAAGAAAGAGAUGUAAGAAGACACUGGAUUACUUCUACGUGUGUGCUGUCAGUUGUCACAAAGCAAAAAAUACAGUCCUCAUCUACAGUUUCAUUGCUAUGAAUUACUAUGACUGGAGAACGGAGAAAAUUUUUUUAAUUUCAUCUCUCUUUAUAUAUCUAGCUGUUCAAAAUAGUUUAAGGUUAGGCAGCUUGAAAGUCAGUUCUUCCCCCCUGAACUGAAGGUUUAUCUUUCACCGACUGACCAGUAGAUUUGUAGCUUUAUGCAAACAAGCUCACCACAUACGACUAUAUAUGAUAAUAUCAAACAUCUGCUGUCCCCAAAACUGCUCCAAAGACUGUCUGAAUCUUGUUUUAUUAUGUUGCUGCACAUAGUGUCUAAAAUAUCGUGCUGAAUUGAGUUCACAGACAGCAUGAAGCCAAAAGAAGAUUCACAAAAGUCAUCACUAAACCUCUGAGCUGAGUCGCUAUCUUGGUUUAAUAGAUUCUGCAUGACUAUCUACAACCAAAUUCAUUUAAUUCCCCUGCUGUCAGUUCACCUCUCCACAAUAAAUUUAAAACAGAGUAAUUACACACAUUUGAAGACUGGCAAGUUUUAAAAGGUCACCACGUGAAGAAAGUGAGACUUAUUUAUCCUAGGAGUAAACAAUCAAUUGGCACUGAGUAGAAUCAAUAAUGGUAAAAAAUGUCCUACAGGUCAUCUGCUGGGUGAAGGUUGGAGUAAAUUAAUACACAGCUGCAGUGACAACUGUGUGUCCUAUUUAUAUCAUUUUGUGUGAAGAGGUGAAGUUUAUACUAAUGAUGAGAAGCGUGAGGUUGGCCCCCUCGUGCGUCAUCGAGUGUUAAGUGUGUGCUGAGUGGAAAAUGACAUUGAAAUUCAUUAAAUGAACUGACUGUAAUGGGCAGCUUUUUAUAGCUCAUAAUGUGUUUGUUAUGUGUGUGAUCUCUUCCUUCCUGUAGAUGUAUUUUUAUCUCUUGAUGCUGUCAAAGCUUUUCUCUACAUUUACUGAUGACUACUGUACUUCUGAUUGAGUUUUUUAACUGCUGUAUUUGUUAAUACUGUUUAUGAUCUACAUAUUCCUGUGACUAGAGAGUGUGUUUGCUCAUGAACUAUCCUGCAUAGGGAAACCUUCUCUCAUACGGUGACAGUGACUUCUGUAGGCUCAGGUGGAGGAAGUGGGCAAAAAUAGUUUUGUUAGUUAAAUUA